UGGAUGAGGGUAAACGCGUAGUCUAGGCAGGCAGGCAGCCCCCCGAAGAGCGAUUGAAUUUGAUUUGUUAUCUUGGACUGACUGACUCCGUCCCUCCCUCCAUGGCUAAUCCAAUUUCAAUUCCAAACCCUAGUUUUUUCUCUCUGUUUCUCUCGCGGCAUCAGAUCUAGCGGGUUUCACGGCGGCAGAUUUGUCAUGUUCUGAACAACAACAGCAACAACAACAACAACAAGAUGGAUAAGGAUAAAGCAGCAGCAGCAGUUGCUUCUUCUUCGUCACAUGACCUUGCUCAACGUCUUUAUGACAAGAAUAUAGAGUUGGAAAAUAAGCGCCGUAAGUCAGCUCAAGCAAGAGUGCCGUCAGACCCAAAUGCUUGGCACCAAAUGCGUGAAAAUUUUGAAACAAUAAUACUUGAAGACCACAGCUUUUCUGAGAAGCACAGUAUUGAAUUUGCUCUCUGGCAGUUACAUUACAGACGGAUUGAAGAAUUUAGGGCUCACUACAGUGCUGCAUCUCAGGCUAGGGCUCGACCAGAUCGAGCUUCAAAAAUACGCUUACAGUUUAAAACUUUCCUCUCAGAAGCUACUGGUUUUUACCAUGAUUUAAUUUUAAAAAUCAGAGCCAAAUAUGGUCUCCCUAUAGGGCAGUUUUAUCCCGAGCAAGAGAAUCAUAACGUGAAGCAGAAAGAUGGGAAGAAAUCCAUUGAGAUUAAAAAGGGUUUGAUAUCCUGCCACCGGUGUUUGAUAUACCUAGGGGAUCUUGCACGUUACAAAGGACUGUAUGGUGAAGGAGAAUCAAAAAGUCGUGAUUAUGCAGCAGCUUCAAGUUAUUACUUGCAAGCAGCUUCUUUGUGGCCAUCAAGUGGGAAUCCACAUCAUCAGCUUGCUAUAUUGGCCACCUAUUCAGGAGAUGAAUUGAUGGCUGUAUAUCGUUACUUCCGAAGUCUGGCAGCUGAGCAUCCUUUCUCGACGGCAAGAGACAACUUGAUAGUAGCUUUUGAGAAGAACCGGCAAAGUUAUUCUCAGUUGCAUGUUGAUUCAAACGGUCCUGUCAAGGAAUCACCUGCUCGGACAAAGGGUAGAGGAAGAGGGAAAGCAGAUCUAGUAACUCGAUCAAAGGAGCCAAUUACUGAUACUGAUGUGGAUAAAGCAAGUGCGAUGCGCCAAACGUUUAAAGCAUUUCGUGUUCGUUUUGUUCGCUUGAAUGGUAUUCUUUUCACACACACAAGCUUGGAGACAUUCGAAGAAAUUCUGUCCUUAGUUAUCAACGCUUUGCAGGAGCUUCUUUCUUCUGGGCCAGAAGAGGAGCUGAGUUUUGGAACGGAUUCAGAUGAAAGUGGGCUUUUCAUUGUGAUACUCGUUUCCAUACUCAUAUUUACUGUAAAUAACGUGAAAGGUGGGACUGAAGGUCAGAGCUAUGCAGAUAUCGUACAAAACACUGUGCUUCUAAAAAGUGCUCUCAUUACUUUCUAUGAGAUUAUUGGUCAACUACUUAAAAGAUGCAUAGAGUUGGCUGACCCGCUCUCAAGCUUUCUGUUGCCUGGCAUUCUCGUGUGUGUGGAAUGGAUUGCCUGUCAUUCUGACGUUGUUAUACCUAAGGAGCCUGAUGAAAAUCGAUCAACAGCUCAGUUCCAUUUUUGGAGCUACUGCGUGUCUUUAUUUAAUAAACUGUUAUCUGCCGGUCUGGUCUCCUAUGAUGAUGAUGAUGAAGACGUGAGUUGCUUUACUGAUAUGACAAGGUAUGAAGAGGGGGACAACGAGUACCAGCCUGCGUUGUGGGAGGAUUUUGAGCUAAGAGGAUUCCUGCCCCUUGAGCCUGCACACACAUUUUUGGAUUUUUCAAGGAAGCAUUCUGACAGCAAAAAGGAUAAAGUAGCUCGUGUGAAGAGGAUUUUGUCUGCAGGGAAAGUUAUUGCAGAUAAGAUUACCAUUGAUCACAAGAAAGUGAGGUUUGACUCGAAACUGAACAAGUUUGUUAUAGGUGUUGAGACCCAGAAAGACUCAGGCAGCAGCUCUAAAUCAUAUGGAGAUACAACUGCAACCAGGGUAGUUAAACAGUUGAAGGUGGAGUCACAUGUGGAAGGUGAAGAAGAGGAUGAAGUGAUUGUGUUUAGACCAAAUUUAAUUGACAGUCGAACAGAAGUGCUCUCUUCAAAAGGGAGCCAACAAGAAGGGUUUGAAAAUGUGCAAACUAAAGAUGUUAGUUCUGGUCCUCAUGUUACAAUGCCACAGUCUAAUUUUCACCAGGUGUACACCAACUCACAGUCCCUUUUGCCUGUCAACAAUUACACUCAUAGCACCGGGCAGCCAGUUACACAAAGCAUUGGGCAGCCGUAUCAGUUUCAGACUCCACUGUGGUCUGGCGACAGCAGACAAGUUGCUAGUGGAUUGCAAGGUUUGAGCUUGCUGGAAAAUGGGCAGCCUGACAUGCACAGGAUUUCAAAUGCUACUGGUAUGAUGUAUGCCGGACCAUCUCAAAGCAUGGCAAGGCCCUCUGUGAUUGAUACUCGUACGAAUACAAUUGCUCUAUCUGAACCCGAUCUUUACCAUGUGGGGCGAAACACAUCCUUAGCUAGCUCUUUGAAAGUUUCUACAAGCAGACCUAUAAGACACCUUGGACCGCCACCUGGUUUUAGCUCUGUUCGCCCCCCCAAGCAAGUCAACGAGCCCAAUUCUGCUGCAUUGGGUCAGAAUCCUCUAAAUGAUGAUUACAGCUGGUUAGAUGGAUAUCAGUUGCAGCAAUCAUCAAUGAAGGGUGGUGGUGUUCAGCCAUCAAAUCUGAGUUCCCACUCCCAGUACAUGAAUGAUUCUGUACCUACAUCUGGCUUCCCAUUUCCUGGGAAACAAGUCCCAAUGGUGCGGUUUGAAGGGGAAACACAGAAUAAUCAACAACAAUAUAUUCCUCAAAUGGACCAGCAAGGGCAGUCCAUAUGGAAAGGCAAUCACUUUGUGUGAUCUCUAUGAGCACUGCAUGGUCAUUUGUAUGGCCUUUGAUCAUGAAGGACAAACUCCAGGUUCCCAUUCAAUUUUCUAAAGUUUAUGUUGAGGAGCAUGAUGGUACUGGCGAUCUUGGCAUGCUUGCUGGCAAAACGUUACAGAGACUUUGACUGUCUUUCCUAUUGGAAUUUAAAAGAACCAACUGCAUUUUUGGUUUCGGGUCGAGGAUGGAUAUCAUAUCAAUCAAUCAUCUGCUGGGUAUAAAUUGUCUGUUUAAGUGUCUGCUGGUUUUGUGGCUAGUUGUUGGAGACAAGUGGUGGAAUGUGAAUGGAAGCGUGGUUAAUCAUGAUUGCGGUCUAGAGCUCGGGUCUUAAAUGUUUUUAGUGAACUUGUUGGUUUCUGUUAUCAUAAUCUGCAGUUAAGGAAGUACGGGUUGGAUUUUUUCCCUCAGUAAAUUGUUUUAAACGUUUACUUUUGUCGUGUUGGGAUUUCAAAGUUGAUGUUUGUUAUUAAAGAAAUAAUUGUCAUUUGGUCUCUAUUUUGUUUGACGGUUUCAUUU